GCGGCUAUGUGCCACCUUGCGGUGUCCAAAGCCUCCCGGGCCGUGUCGGUACUUUCGCGAUCACACGAGGUCGUUCUGGCUUACGUGCUGGCUGAUAUGCUUGGCUUGACCAAGGAUCCUCUCCUGCUGAAGUUCAUGUCGCAAAGUGCCGAGCGUGAUGGUCGCUUUGCGGCGGCUGCAGAACUUCUGCAAACUCAUCCCCAGGCCUCCAUGCAGCUUGCGCUGCUCAGCGCGCGCAACGGCUCCCCG